ACAAAUUAAUAUUCUCAGCAGUACAUCUUUUCACAUCAUUAAUGCUUUAUUUGGGAUAUCCAGCUUCUGGAAGAAGGUUGCCUUCCGUGGUGUCCUUGAAUAAACAGGUACAUGGAGUUUACCCCCCCCUCGGAUGUGGCCAACAGAUUUUUUUCCCUUUUAAUAUAUAAAAAGUGAGCGUAUUUUUUCCACCUUUCAAUCAGUUUCUCUUUGCAUUGCCUUCGAGAGCGUACUGGGGAGAACAAGCUGCCCUCUGGCUAUUUUUAGCAGAAGGAAAGACCUUACUGCUACUCUAAGUUGCUUUGGAGACAAGGAGCAUCUACCAGAGCCAAGAAAUACUGAAAAUUCUCAGGUCCUGGAGAGGGUAACACACAGCAGCAACUUCUAAGACAUCCUCUUAGCUAUCCAAACUGAAUUUGUACAGGUAGACAACAUCACACAAAACCACUUGUUGGGACCUGAAAACAGCGCGCAAGCUACAUACACAUAGCACUGGACAUCCUGGUCUGCCUUUUAAUAGGGACAUUAGCAUGACAGCAAGACAACACACCAUUUUCAGUUCUAGCACUGGUGCGGCUGUUGCUAGCUGAGGGCUAUCUCUUCACCACAACUUGCUCCGCAGCACUCUUCUGCCGUACUGGACAUCUUAUCUCCUCUCCCAUAGCGCAGCACAGCGCUUGACCGCUGGCUGACAAGUCAGACCCAGACGAGGCCAAGGUGUCAGCGGGACACUUCCAGCAAGCCCCCCUCACACCAACGCAGCUCGGGCUUCCAGAAAGCGUUGUAAGACCACAGGACACAAGCUCAGCAAGUCAGUAAGUUAUCCCAGCAAGAACUCUCUCAGGAUGGCACCUUCACAAAACGCCGGUUGAGUGUUUCCCGGCACCGAAGCGUCACUCAUCGUGUUACUGGUCAAGCCAGCACAGGCCUCGCACCGCACUUCUAAAAGAAUUUGAAGAAUAGAAGCAUGCUUUCCACUGAGACUAACACUACCAUUUGUGAUACAGAAUGUCUCUAAGUGAGAAGAACAGUGUGGUUUUUGCAUAUGAAUCUUCAGUACACAGUACCAAUGUACUUCUCAGUCUUGAUGACCAGAGAAAGCAAGAUAUUCUUUGUGAUGUUACUAUUUUAGUGGAAGAUCAGCGAUUUCGGGCUCACAAAGCUGUGCUUGCAGCUUGCAGCAGUUACUUCCUUUCAAGAAUUGUGGGCCAGGUGGAUGCUGAUCUUAUCAUCACUUUACCGGAAGAGGUAACACUUAAAGGAUUUAGUCCUUUGCUUCAGUUUGCAUACACAGCUAAGCUUAUUUUAAAUAAAGACAACGUGUCUGAAGUUUGCAAAUGUGCUGAAUUUUUGGGUGUACGCAACAUUGAAGAGUCUUGCUUUCAGUUUCUCAAAUUCAAAUUUUUGGACUUUAAAUCAGAUCCUAGGAAGAAGUGCUGUACACAGCAUUGUCAGAAAGCAAACCCUAAAAUUGUCAGUGUGGGUGAUGGAGACCUAGAAAUAGAUGAUGAAGCAGAAGAACUUUUAGAAAAGGAAUUUAUUCAAACUCCUGACACAAAGCUCUGUAAAGAUGAAGAAAAUGUUAAGUUGUCACCUGCUCUCCAAGAUAAUGCCAAUCAAACAUGUGAUCCUGCACAUUCAGAAAGGGCUAGUGUUUCCAGCUUAUCUUCCCAAUGCCCGAAGUAUAGGAAAUUCCAGAAGGCUUUUGGAAAUGAUAAAGUUCAUACUUCAGAGUCCAGUUCCAGUAUUAAAGACAUUCAGGUGCCAGCAAUUGCAGCUUUUCUUGACAAGGAAAUAUCUGAUAAUGAUGGCAUACAAAAAGCUCAGGAGUGUGUACCUAUGCAGCUGGUCUCCAAAUGUGAAGAGACUCAGGUAAAAAUGGAAGAAGGGGAAGAAGGCAUUGAGAAAAAAGAAGAGUCGAAGAGAGAUUCUGUGACUCAGAAUGUGCCGUGUCCUGUGGAGAAAAUGGAUCUUGCUGCUUUCCCCCAAAACUCUGCUGCGCCUCAUGGACUCAGUUCUGUGUCUUUUUUACAUACUUGUGAGCAAUAUGGUAACUUGAGUUUCAGUAGUAUGCAAAACAACACAGUCUUAGCUGAAAAAACUGUAUCGGGUACUGGAGUUGGAAAUGACAAAAUUGAAAGUCUGGAUGACGCACCUUCAAGGGUCGAUUUGUGCCCUAGGGAAGCCACUAACAUUACAUCAGCUGGUGAUCGAAGCAGUGUGGAGAGAGAGGUAGCAGAACAUUUAGCACAAGGGUUCUGGAGUGAUAUUUACAGCACUGAAGGCUGUCAAAUACAUUUACCACCUGCAGUUCAAAAAGAGUCCUUGGAGCCAGUGUAUUCGGGGAAAAAAUCAGAGUGUCCAUGGCUGGGUAUCAGGAUCAGUGAAAGCCCUGAACCUGGCUCUCAACGAACUUUUACAACAUUAAAUUCUGUCAACUGCCCUUUCAUAAGCAACCUUAGUACCGAAGGAUGCUCCAACAGUUCUGAAAUAAGUAGUGGAGAUUAUGUUCAGGGACAGCAACAAGAGCAGUGUCCCUAUAAUUAUGUGAUAAGUUUGGGAGAGGAUUCAGAAACUGACACCGAGGGAGACAGUGAAUCCUGUUCAGCAAGAGAACAAGAAUGUGAGGUAAAACUGCCAUUUAAUGCACAAAGGAUCAUCUCGCUUUCCAGAAAUGACUUCCAGUCAUUUCUGAAAAUGCAUAAACUAACUCCUGAACAAUUGGACUGUAUUCAUGAUAUCCGAAGACGAAGUAAAAAUAGAAUUGCAGCACAGCGAUGUCGUAAGAGAAAACUUGACUGCAUACAAAAUCUUGAAUCUGAAAUUGAAAAACUGCAAAAUGAGAAGGAGAACUUGUUGAAGGAAAGAAACCACAUUCUGUCAACUCUGGGUGAGACAAAGCAGAAUCUGACUGGACUUUGCCAGCAGGUGUGUAAAGAAGCAGCCUUGAGCCAUGAGCAGAUACAAAUACUUGCAAAAUAUUCUUCCUCAGAUUGCCCGCUUUCUUUUUUAUUCCCGGAGAGAGAACGAACCGCUCCAUCUGAUAGUGAGCUUGCGAUACCAGCGUGUAUAGAAUUAGCAGAUGGUCUUUCAGGUGUUACAUCCACAAAUGAGCAGAAUUCUUGUUAUCAGUGUGUGAAAGGUGUGUGUGAUGCAACAUAUGAUCAAGUACAAGAACUGCAUCCAGUUUCUGUAAGAACAUUGGAGAAAACUUCGCUUGUGGAACAGUGUGGACAGAGCGGUGGUAUCACAGACUUCUGUCAGCAAAUGACUGACAAAUGCACUACAGACGAAUGAAUAUUCCUAUUGCCAGCCUGUCAACGCUGCAACUAAAGUGAGAUUGAGCAUUAUUGUAAAGCAACUUACUAAGUGAAAGAAAAAAUGAAACUUUCUCUUUUGAAACUACAUUGACAAUUUACAUGGUCAUUAUAUUACUGGGCAAGCUUUGGGUUUGCUCUGUAUAGUUCUAGAGUAUAAUUUGUAUGUGUCAGUCUUGGAGCUUUUUCUGUGUGGCGAUGCCAAGGAGAGUUCAGGAAAGCUGUUGGAAAGUGUAUACUCUGUGCACACAUGCCUAUUUGUGAGGAAGCUUUCAUUCAGGUAUAGAGCAGCCUUCACUCUUAUUUAUGUCGCAGUACCUAACGCCACUCUGCAUCUCAAGAGAAGCCUCCUAACAGGUGCUUAUGCACAAUGACUUCUAUACCUGGAAUUCUUACCUCUAAGAUUUCUUUUUUCCUGGUAGACAAACCUUAGGAAGCAUAUAUAGCUCUGUAAAUGUUUAUUUUGUAGAUGGGUUAGGAUAAUGUGACAGAAUGAGGAGAUUCUGGCAAGUGCGCUCCUGGAACAGCCUAUUGCUUCCUGCUGUUCCCAUCCCUGUACCAGAGCCAGCUUUUACUGAAUAUAUGCCUUUGUCUUAGCUCCCCAGUACGUAGUUAAGACAACUGGAACAGCGGAGGUGCUGCAGCAUAAUGCUCUCUUCUCUAAAUUUUGUGGGAGGAAUAACAACAUACUGGGAAAGACAGGAGUUUGAAACUGAUGCAAUUCUUUGAUUAGUGUGCAUUGGAUCCUCUGGCAUCUGAAUCCCAUUUGCUUGUUAAAAUUCAUUGCUGUAAUGUGACUUACUGUCUUAGCACCCCCAAGCUCGUUGCUGUUCGUGGCAAGCCAGAAUCAAAGUAUUGUGAAAGUUUAAGGGCAGGGGUUUUGGGUUUUAAGGUAUUCAGGCACCAAAUUCUUUGACUACAGUGCCUAAUUGCCUAAAGUAAUACACAAAUGUAUUCUCUGAUCACUGGGACCAGUAAAGAUCUGUUUCAGAAUUUUAGUCUUCAGGAUACUUUUAUGGCUAAACCUGUAGUAGACUUUCAAUGGCUUGUGCUAUAAGUAUAAACAUAUAGAAAGUAUAAUAAGGAAAUGAGCUGGAGGGAUUUCCUUUAUUUACUUUGUGAAGAAGAAAUUCAGCUACUAAAAAUAAUCCCUGUUUUUUAGACUUUCACGUGGCAGUAGAUGCAUAUUGUAUACCAAUGAUGCUUUGUUAUUCAGAUGUUAUUCUCACACCGGCGCUAAGUAUUGAACCUCACCACAGAAAACUUUGUGUUUGCUGGUUUACAAAACAUGAAGAAUCUUAUACAAGCCAGUGGAAUUCUUCAUUUCCUACCUCAGAAUGUAUAUUAGCCUUUUGUGUCUUUGUGUGCAUGUACAGUAGGCAGCAACUAAGCAAAGGACUAUUGUAAAUACUGCUUUGCAGUUUUAUCUUGCAGUGAGACAAAACUUGUUCUUGGCAAGGCUUUUUUUUUUUCUUUUUUCCUCCUCCCCCCCUUUUAGGUAACAUAGCAUUAAUAAAUAUAUUAAGACUAUCAAGCCACUUAUUUAAUACAAAAAUUUAAAAUUUGACAGGUUUCAACAGUACUUCUCAUAACCAGCAUGUAAUAGAAGUGACUACACUACCUCACCUAUGGGAUUGGAAGUUGAUUCAAAUCUCUAGUGAUAUCCUUGGAUUUUCAUCAUAUAUCAUUACUUUUUUGAGGGGAAAAUCUAUGUUCAUGGAGCAUAGCUUGUAUAAAUCACAGUGCUUGCAGUAAUUGAAAUUCAGAAAUACUAUAUGGCAGCCAUCAGGAGAGUUCUACUGCUUUGGAUGUAUUUUCAGAUAAUUGAAAUGAAAUUCUUUUAAAUGAUUAUCAUUUAUAUAUGUUGAUCCUGUAUAUGUAUUACUCAUGAAACUCUCUGGGUUUUUUUCUUCAACAUCUGUAUAUGCCUGGUUAAUUUAAUCCUGCCUCCCUCCCAUGCUGCCACCCUGGGCGGUGUUUGCUCCUACAUCUCCAUUUUAUUUAAAAAGCAAACCAACAAGAAACAAUAAAAAACAAAACAGAAAGCCCCAAACCUCUCUACUGUCCGUACAUAAUAUCACUUUUAAAGCCGGUGAUACUCUGAAAUGACGUGGAUAAUGACGUUAAAGCAUUGUCCUAAUAGUACACAUUCUCUGAAAUGGAAUUCCUUGGCUUAAAUGUUUGUUAUAAAGGGGUGGAGCAUAUAUGUAGAGAAUGACUGGCUGGGGAACUUAAACAUAUCCAGUGGCCCAAACCCCCAACACACUUGGCUAUGGAUGUUGGAAAACAAGGUCAGUGAUUACCAAGUUCAGAGGCCAGAACAUCCACCAAAGAAUUGUGCUCCGCUGCUGCGGUCUGGUGAUCAGCCAGGGUCUGAGUUCCACCCAGCAAGCGGUGCAGGGCUUCCAGUGCGGAAAUCAUGGCUGUCAUUGACAUAUGAUAAAAUUCAUGUCAGGUUUUUAAACCUAUGAUGAACUUGAUGAAGUUUGAGGGUAGGUUUUUGCCUAGCCAGCUGCAUCUAAAUAAUUUUUAAAAUAUUUAUUUAAUACAGUAGACCUACAAGUUGCAUGUUGACUUCUAUAGCCUAUAUCAUCAACUUGCAAAAGUUAAGAAUGAAUGACAAUUUUAUGAUACAGAAUUCUCAGGUAAAUGUUUUGGAGUUUGGUUGGGUUUUUUUCCGUAAAGAAAUACUCAAUUUUGAAAUUGUAAAAUACUUUGUUAAAGCAUGUUUUAAAAUACUUUGGACAGACUAUCUUAAAGCCAUAAGAGUAUGAUGGCAUACAAGAUUGUAAAAUAAACAGCUAAUUACAACAGUUGAUUUUGUAUCUUUCAUAAUUCAAUAUUUUCUAAGACUUCAAUAAAAACCACUAUCCUUUCUACAAA